AAAUAUAUAUUUGCGGCAAAGUAAAAACAUUUCAAAACAAACUUGUUACUACUGUAAACCAUUUUCAAAGUAAAAAAGCAAAAAUAUGAUUUUAACUUAAAAAAGAAAUUUUAAAAAUGUUAAAUCAUAAUCAUGUUCUUAAUUAAAAUAAAAGGUCUAGUCGAUCAUGAUUUAUUGUGGUUUCAUUACAACUGUGCGUAUUAUUAAAAUUAUUGGUGUGUUACAAAUAAUACUUGCAAUUGUUGCCACUUCGAUUGGGAUUGCUAUAACAUUCAAGUUCAGACAAGUUAAUCAAGAUACAGAUAAAGUAUACCAAAUACCUAUUGGUUAUGUCGAAACGCCAUGGACCACCAAAUAUUGUGCAGGAGUUUGGAUUGGUUUAGUGAUGCUAGUUGCAGGUGGAUUUAAUUCUAUGUCUGACGUUAAACCAGAAAAAUCAAAAUACAUAUAUGCUUCCUUGGUGUUGAAUUUUGUUGUGGCAGUAUUUUCUAUUAUAAUAAUUACUUAUAUUGGCAAAGCAUUAAUCUGGUUUAAAUCGUGCUCGUAUACUUAUCACGAUGGAGAAACGAUUGGCACAAAUAGCUGCAGCGAACAAGAUAAAACAACUGGUGCAAGUUAUUAUUACACAUUUCUUGUAACUCUUAUUUUAGUUAUGCCACUUGUGAUAAUAAAUAACUACUUAAUUUUCGUUGCUAAUUCAGUAUUAUUUGAAGGUUUAUGUACUGGACUCUGCUUCAGAAAGAUUGUGUACAAAUACAAAGACUCCAAAAAUCGCGCGAUCAGCUUUAAAACUAAAAAUACUCGAGUGUUUGACCAGGAAAUGCAAAACUUUCCGCAACAAGAGAUUUUGAAGGAUUCAUUUGUUGUAUGAAAUUAACUCGUAUAAUUUUAAAUUUUCCAGCUCAUUAUACAGAUAAUGAGUUCAUAAAAUAGUUAUAAAAUUUUAAAUAUUCCGUAAGAUUUUAUAAAUAUUAUCUUUAUGACGAAUUUUUAUACUGAUUUUUUUAAAUUGUUUUUUGUACUUUGAUUUGAAUUGUAACUUUAACGAAAGUAUUUUUAUGUGAUGUAUUUAUUUAGUAUUUAUCAAGAUUAUAUUUGUGUAUAUUACUUUUAUUAACCUAUAAAACUAUUGAGUUCAA